CGUUCUCUGUGUGUAUUUUGUGUGUUGGUGUGUGUUUUUAUUAUACUUUUUCUAUUUUUUGUUUUCCAUUUUUUUCCGUGGCUUAGCCGGAGAAAGUGAGCUGGCAUGGAAGUCAUAUGAUGUACUUUGGAUGACUGGUGGUGAGCUAGAGGCGAGAAAGAAAUGCGUGUUGAAUUGCUCAAGAUGAGUAGACAAAAGAUUCUUUUUUUCUCCCUGAGCAAGGAGAGUGAGAACACAACCGGUGCCAGUUUGUGUGAUGCGAGGGUUGGUGUUGGAGACGUGAAAUUCGAACACCUCGAGGUCAAACAGAUUUGCCGAGAAGUUUUAAUAAUAAACAUUAACAAGCAAAAUGGGCAGCCGGAGAGAAGAUGAAAAAAAUGAAGCCACCAUACGACGUCUGCUCAAGCUCCCGGAGAACAAGAGGUGCAUCAACUGCAAUAGUUUGGGACCGCAGUAUGUGUGCACAACUUUUUCCACCUUUGUGUGCACGCAAUGUAGUGGCAUUCAUCGAGAAUUUUCACAUCGCAUAAAGUCGAUUUCUAUGGCAAAGUUUAAUGCCGCUGAAGUUGCCGCUCUGCAAGCUGGUGGCAAUGAGCGGGCUAGGCAAAUUUUCUUUAAAAGUAUGGAUCCUGCCUCGAUCUCUCUUCCUGACAGUGGGAGUCCUGAUAAGCUACGCGAUUUCAUCAGGCGAGUAUACGAGAAGAGACUUUACACAGGGGAUAGGCCUCCUAAUGCUCAGCAGGAAGAAACUGCCGCAGAGUUACGCCGGCCUGAUACAAAGAUGGAACGGCAAUCUGAUUUGCGAAGCCACUCAUUUGAUGACCAGGUGGGUGACAAGGGUACAGUGAAUAGGCGCAAAUCAGAUUUCGACCGAAGUUCAGUAGGUAACAGGGGCAGUGCCAAAAAUCUAGGUGGUCUUCAGGGAGUCCCAAGGCCAACUCGCCACAGUUAUGAUGAGAGCUAUGAAGAGCAAUCACCAAAAAGUAACAGUGAUCGCGACAGGCGCAAUUUAUCUCGACCAUUCAGUUUCAAAGACUUUGACAUAACGCCUCCGCCUGUUCAGUCAAUCACAGAUAUUUUGGGAAAUAUUCCAGGAUUACGUGUUGAAGUCAUUAAACCUUCAAAAGGGGAGAACUCUCCGGAUCAUUCUAAGGGGUCUGCGGUUGAUGCGCGCAAAGCAUUACAAUCUCAGAGUUUUGGAGCUGUAGGUGACGAUAGAGUAACUCCGGCUCUAGAUUACAAGAGGGUAAACUCAGCCAGUUUGAUCGACAUCAAUAGCGGAACUGGAGCAACAGCAGUCCCACGUGGGUUUGAGGAUCCCUUUGCUGAAACUUCUCAAGUCUCACCCACGACCGGUCCCAGCUGGGCUACGUUCAAUACAUCUCCCACCCCGCCAGCCCCACCUGGUUAUCCUAGUUCUACAAGUGAGACUAGUCAAUUGGUUGAGUCCGGAUGGGGUCAACAGACGAACAGUCUGGACUCUUGGUCAAGUUUUGGUUCACCAAGUCCCUCUCAGGCGGCUCUCAAGCAGGAGCACGUUGUAUCUCAUAGCACAUCAGAUGCAACGCAACCCACAAGGCAGAGGCGUCAGCUUCCUCAAGAUUUUUUUGCGCCCUCAUUUGAAGAUGUUCGUUCAUCUAACUUGGAUAUGCAUCGACCCCAUCAAAUGCGUCCUGCUUUCCAUGCCCCACAAUUAGAUGCUCCUCUUGAAGCUUUUUAUGCAACGCCUCCGUCAUCAUCAGUUCAAACUCAAGGUCCAGUUCAAUUCCAGUUUCCCCCUCAAAUGCAGUCUCCAGAUCCGUCUCAACAAACUCCAACGCAAAGGUCCCGAAAUCCAUUCGAUGAUGAUUUCGAGGACGAUUCUUCAGCAAGUGUGACCUCUAGUGUCGAUGCUGGUUUUAGUUUUCAGUUUCCAAAUAUGGAUUCACUACUAGGAGCAUUACCACCACCGACUGGUGGUGUUUCUACUACGGAGGCUGUCCCGCCAAGCUUUCCACAGACUAUACCAACCAAUGCGGCUACACAUGACUGGGCACAUUCCUUCUCGCAGUUUCAUGAUCAUUCUUUUCCUCCAGGAUCUCUUAACUUCGGCUCAGAUCAAUCGACGUCACCUAGCCCUGUGUUUUCAACGCAGUCGAAUGUUUCUGGAGGAUACAUAUCCACUCAACCCCUUGGUCAAGACGGUCCUUAUCCCAACAACCAAUUUUUCUCACAAAACGUUGUCCGCCCCGCUGGUGGUGUUAAUCCCUUUGUUUAACACUGAACUGUCACAGUGGCUGUCUAUUACCCGUCAGCACUCGAUUCCUGGAUGAAGCUCAGGAGCAUAGUAAAUAUCUGUGCACUCCUCUUUGGACAUUUUGGAACUGUAAUGACUGGAGUUGUAUUUGAUAGGUAGGAGAUGGAUGCUAACCAUUUUAUUUCCGGGGAGCGUUGUAUUCAGGACCCUUUAGAAAAAGGUUAGCUUUUUGGCUUUGUACUGUAAGGUUCGACUUUGCUACAAUGUCUAGGCUCAACAUUGAUGCAAGGUCACAAUAUAGACAUGAUGGGAAAUACCCUUUUCCUGAAGUUGUUAUUCAUAAUAGGUGACAUUUGAGUUGAUAUCCCCAAGAAGAUAGUGGGAUGCAAUUCCUGUGACUAAGAACCACCCUGUUGAUUGUUAGACUUUGAUUGCUUCUGAUCCAAGUGAUAUUUGUUGCGGAGUCAGCUGACAUUUUAAUUUUA